AUGAAGAUCCUCAAUGCUGGUUGGGUUUGGGAGGCCGUCUCGGUUGAGGCCAAAAAUGUGGCUCUUGUGGGGAUGUUGAAGCAGCUGAUGCCCCCGAGGGAGCGCAUUACGCCCAAGCAGUACUGGGAAGAGGUUGUUGCCGUUGACGAGCGUAUCGUGGAGGAAGUCGAGGCAGUACUGUCUCUACUGAGUGACGAGGCCAUCCCUUCUGUGACCGCUGUUAGGGUCAUGAAGGGCGACGAUCUGCCUGGUCAUGGCAUGCCGUCUGCUACUGAGACCUAUCCUGGAGGGCCAGCGGGUGCUGCUGCGUUGAUCCAGGCGUCUGUGAUGGGGGGUAAUGGAGCCCAAGCUGCACACGAAGUUGUGGAGAUCAUUGAGAGCCUUGGCCUCGAUAGGUCUGUUGAUGCCUGUGUCUAUGCUAAGCUGAUAUCUCUGACGACAACAGAGGAGGACAUUGAGAAGCUUAUUGGGUUCAUGAUUAACAACCCGUCGUGCAAGGAGAUGGUCAAGAAUGCUGUGAAGGUCGCUACCAAGCGGCCAGUGUUGUUGGCCUUGGCAGUGAGGCAUCAUAGCUUCAAGGCCCUUAGAAUGUACACUGAGCUGGUGGGAGCUAAGGCUAAUGAUAACGCGCUCUUCCUCGCGUGUCUUCUUAUACUGGGUUCUGAUGCCUCUAGCAAGCACAUGAGGUCUUCUGCGGUGUCGGUGAUAGUGUCGAGGACGAAGGUACCGGUGGCUGCGGCUAAGGACUCUUGGAUGUUGGUGAAUAAAGGCAUGGAGAAGACCAUAGAAGGGAAGGCCUACACUGCAUUGAGGAAGGCAUUGAAUGAGCGAGAGGCUGAUGCUGUUGGCUCUACGGCAGUCGUGAGGGAGAUCAUUGCUGCUAACGGGGGACUUAUAAGGUGGAUUGUUGGGGUCUCUGGAGCAGUUGGUAAGGAAAUAAUGUGUGCUCUAUGA